AUGGCAACGCGUUGUCGGUCCACCAAGAGCCUGCACCUGUGCCUCAAUCUGAAUCGGUGGCUCUGCCUUACCGCACUAAUGCUAAUUUUCAUCAUGCAGCUGUCCCGUUGUGAAGCACAGUCACAGCCCCGCAUCAGCCGUCGUCCGGCUGGAAAGACAAAUGUGGAGGAGACCAGCGAGAGAGGCACCGUGCCGGAUCAGCUGGCGCUGGCCGCAAGUCGAUCUGAUGGACAUGGGCGCAAUUAUCCGCGAAGGGGCGGUGUACUACAGGCAAGGACCAAGGAAGCAACUCCAGACUAUAGCUACGGGCAGCUGGAGCUGAAUCUAAUACGACCCGAGCACGAGACGUCUUCAUUGUCGCCGCACGGCAAGAUCAGUGCUUACUACGGCGGCGGCAUGAGCACAACAGCCGAAUCCGUUGGAGCUGCUGUUGGUGAUCUGAGUCACGAGAAGACUGUCAUACUGGAGGACUCGGAGACUGCGGCCGAGUACGUGUCCAACGCUAUGAAAAUGGCCUAUGGCACACGGCACAAGGAGUCACAGGCGCCGCUGCGCAUUGUGGCCAACACACAGCGGCCCUUCAGUGCCAGCUCCAGCUCCAGUUCCAGUUCCGAGCAGCAGGCACAUGCCCAAGUCCAGCAACAGCAGCAUCAUCAUCAUCAGCAGCAGCAACAGCAGCAGCAGCAGCAACACCUGGAGCUGGAGCAGGCCAAGCAUGUCAAAGCGCAGGCGCAUGCACAGGCGGCGCUGCUGGAGGCACAAAUGCAAGCAGAGUUGCAGGCCCAGCUUGUGCAGCAGCAGGCGCUGCUUCUGGCCGAGCAGCAGCGACAGCAGCAGCAACAUCAGCAGCAGCAUCAGCAGCAGCAUCAGCAGCAGCAUCAGCAGCAGCAGCAACACUCAGUUGAGUCCACUUCCAGUGAUUCGUCCCUACCCGCUCCAGCGCCCGUCUAUGAAAAGGAGUCGGUGCCGCGAAGCUAUGAGCUCUAUGACACGCCCGCCCAGACCGAGCCCGUUAGCGGUGACAUAGAACGUCUCUAUCGCACGAAAUAUUAUAGCUAUCCGGCAUCGCAGCCGCAGCCACAAUUGUACCGCAACAUCGAGGACGAGGCGGAGGAGAAGGUGCGCGUCUCUGCAUCGACAGAAAUACCUAAGGCAGAAAUAAUGAAACAAAUCGAAAAGUCUGUCAUCAAGUACAUGAAGGAGCUGGAGGCUGAGGGCAAGAUAAUUACCACGCCACAGGAGCUGGCGCCACCGGCCACCAAAACCUACUACAAGCUGCUGUCGCUGCCCAGUUCCGGCGGAGCCAGUGGCUCAGUUUCGAGCGAGGAGAAGCGCUAUAGCAGCAGCACUGUGCGUCCCAAGUACAGCAGUCCGCCGGCAGCUGGCCAAGGUCGUCAGCCGGGUCCGUCCAUUCAGCAACAUGGCCAAUACCAUGGACAGCAUCAUCAGCUGAGCAAGCAGAAUUCGCAUGCGCUGACCAAGCCGCAACGAUACCAAUCUGAAACGGAAACCGCAUACCAAGCACCGGAUAUUUCCGCAGACGCACUGGCACCCAAUGUGGAGUUCAUCUAUAAGAUUAAGACGCGUGCGCCGCUGCAAACGGCCACUGUGAAGACCGUGUCGAAGCCUUACACCUUGCCGCUGAAGACGAGCGCCGAGCAUUUUGAUCAUGGCGCUGCCCUGAAAAACAUCGAGGAGUUCGACUUGUCCCAUGUGGUAACGACGCCAGAGCGCGAACAGGAGGAGCAGCGGGUGACGAGCAAGCCGCAAAAGCUGUAUUUCAACUCAGAUAUCUAUCAUGACAUUAACUCAUUGCCCUAUAAGGCGGAAAAGUUGCGCGGCGCCAGCAGCAGUGCCAGCAAUAUCCAUUCGGUGCAGGGUCAGGAGUACAGGCACAAGCUGAAGGCAGCCGCCGAUCUGCAUCCAGACUAUAAAGGCUAUUCGGGCUAUUUUGCGGAGCCGGCGUCUAGCAGCAUGGAGCUGGCCGAGAAGCAACAGCCGAGCGGCAUUGGCAAUGAUGGCAGUGAGGAGGGCUAUCCGCUGCCUUAUCAAUAUGUGCUCAAGAAGGAGCCGCUAUCCGCCAAGUACGAGGAGGAACGUGAAAGCUGGGAGCAGUCGAUGCGCCUGGCACAUGCCAAGCCCGCUGGCGGUGGCUACAAGUCUGCUGCCUCCACCAGCCUGGAAUACGACAGCUACAGUCCCAAGUUUAACAACAAUCCCGAAGGCUAUGGCUAUCAGCACACCUACAAGACGCAGCUGCUCCGAGGCGCUGGCGGCGGCGGCAGCGGGGUCAACUCUGGCAACAGCGCCGCUGGCAAGCGCGGCAAGCGAGGCGGUGCCCCGCAUCCCUCCGCUGGUGGUGCGCCCGGCAAGAAGCUGUUGCGCAGCAACGUCGGCACUUCAGGCCUCGGUGGCGCUGUUGGCGUUGGCGGCAAGCUGGCCAAGGAUCUGGAGGCCAAUCUGGCACUGCGACCACCGCCCAAGAAAUAGUCUGUUAUAUAGCUUAUUAUAUGAACAAUUUUGUUAAUACCAGAA